AUGUCAUUACUCAUUUCUCUCAAAGUUUUCUUCAUCUUCGCUGGUCUUGUGUUCAUUGUGUUGGGACUUAAUGUAUUAGUUCGAUUGAUCAAAGAAUUCUUGGUUAUGCACGUGCCUCUCACGUGGAACUUGUGUCUCUCGUGCUUCAAGCCACCUUACCGCUUCCUCCUCCUAAAUACCAUUAUCAUCAUCACCGUCGUCGCCUCCUCCAUGUUCCACCGUUCUCAUUCACCUCCGGUUUAUGAUCCUGUGCCUAUAGAAGAAGGUCUAGAGCCUUCGUUGGACGUGCAUGUGACGGUGAACGCAGUCCAAGAAGAUGGAUUAUUAGAAUCGCCUACAAUGGAGGAAGUGUGGAAUGAGAUAACAAAGGGUCAAGAAAUGGUAAUGAAGAAGAAAUCAGAGACGUUUAAGGAGAGGAGGAAGAGGAUCGACCCCAAUCAUCCCAUGGUAUGUGCUGCGAGCUCGAGGAAAGAGACCUCACUUGAUCAGAACGAGUUGAAUCAGCGCGCCGAAGCUUUUAUAAGAAAGUUCAAUGAAGAUUUAAAGUUACAAAAAGAACGGUCUCUGAAUCGGUACAUGAGAUGA